AUGUACAAAGUGAUCGUUUGCGGUGACAAUCCGGAGCUCACACGACGGGAUUUCAAAGUGGACCCACUGAACCGUGCCACAGUUAACCCCAAACACUUUUACAGUUACCUCAGGCAGAGUACCAAAACCAAGGAUCCGAUACCCCUUCUGAGGACCGCUGAGGGUAUAGAUCUUAUAGAAGAUGAAGCAAAAGCUGAUCAUUUUCCGGAAUUUUUCCGGUCAGCUUUCAUAAAGGAAACAACAUACGAUUACCCUGCUGACGACACCAAAGUGGAUACAAUAAUUGAAACUGUUCAACUCGCCGAGGCUCUUGUUCUUAAGGAAAUCUUAGACCUCGUUAGUCACAGCCUGUGGUCCGCCGGUGGUAUGGAUAAAAAGAAGAAAAAGCUUAAAGGUGAUGUUUACGAGGACCCCUUAAAACCGUCGGCGUUUGAGAUCGAAGUUGCGAAUUAUUUACAUAACAAUUUACCAUCACUGGAUGGCAAACUUUCUGGAUGUCGCGUUAGCAUAUUCUAUCCGGCAGAUGCUGUUGAACUCCUCACAAAAUCACAGUGGUCAAAGUUCAAAUUGAAAAAUAAGCCCAACGAGAGUGCACAAUUUUCUUCUGAGGAGUCUGCAGUCCGAUUUAUGACAAAAAUGCUCGAGAAGAACAUGAUAAGCAGGUACGUUUUCCUGCUAAACCUUUUGAAAGUCUCCUACACGUUCUCCCUUGUCCAAUUGUUUCCUCUCCCCCCACAGAAUGAAGCUGGUGAGCAGCACGACUCUGAGACGGACAAAGUUGAAUCCAAGUCCUCGCCCACUGAAUCCUCCUCCAGCCCCGCUGAGAAAUCGGGGGAGACUAAGUCAAAGAAGUCUGCUUCUGCUGGCGACUCCUUCUUGGGCCUUCCCUUCUUCUCCACCGCCGCACCAAAA